AUAAAGAAAGAAAGAUUGGGUUAAGUCAAAUAAUGGCAACUAUGAAAGUUAGAGAUGUGAAAAGGGUUCUGGUGAUUCCAUUAUUGUACCUGGCUGCUAACAUUUUUGUUUUUCUUUUAAAAUCAAGAAAAAAGUUUUGAUUAAUCAAAAUCGACGCCAACUAAAAACACGUGUCAAAACGUGGUUGGUGACAGUGGGAUAUGAGACUGUAUUAUAAAAAGCUACAUUUCUCACCACCACCCAAUCUCUCUCUCCCUUGAAGUAGACUCUAAGCUAAAGCCACCGUCAGAUUUUCAGAUCUCAGAUCUCAGCUCUUCAUUCGACGCCAUGGCCGAGAAGGGCAAAGAAAAGGUUUUCUUCUUCUCUUCUCUUCUUAUUCAGUUAAUGGUAUUCUCUUAUUAUAGUUGUUUUUUUAAUUUGUGGGUCUUGAGGAUAUAUUCAAUCUUUAUUUAUUAUUAACCUGAGGAGGUUUUUGUAUAUGUGGUUUUAUGUUUGUUUGUUUUUGUGUGGAUUAAAAAAAAGAGUUGGCUACUUUGUAGAAACUAUGAGAAGAAAUCAGAUUCUCUUUAAACCCCAAAAAAAGUAAGAAAAGAAAAGAAGAGAUCAGAUUCUUCUUCUCUUUUUCUAUUUUGUGUCAGAGGUCGAAUCUGUUCUUCUGCUCCCUUCCCUUUUUUGUUGUUUCUUUCAGUAAUAAGAUCUUAUAAACGUCAAAUCCAUUAGUACAUAUAAUUUUUUAUCAAAAAAGCAAACUAUGGAAGAAGCAGAGGAUUUAGUGAUGUUGAUAUCUGAAAAACAGGUAACUAUGAUGAAGUUGAAGGUGGAUCUUGAUUGUGCCAAAUGUUACAAGAAAGUGAAGAAGGUUCUUUGCAAGUUCCCUCAAAUAAGAGACCAAUUGUUCGAUGAAAAGUCCAACAUUGUUAUCAUCAAGGUGGUUUGCUGUAGUCCUGAGAGGAUCAUGGACAAACUCUGUUCCAAAGGCGGCGGCUCGAUAAAGACCAUUGAGAUCGUCGAGCCACCCAAGCCUCCUCAGCCACAACCCCAACAACCACCUCAGAAACCUAAAGAUGCUCAGCCUAAAGCUCCUGAGAAGCCUAAGGAACCUGAAAAGCCAAAACAGCCUGAAAAGCUUAAAGAGCCAGAGAAGCCCAAACAGCCAGAAAAGCCCAAAGAACCCGAAAAGACGAAGCAACCCGCACCCGCUCCAGCUCCCGCACCAGCACCCGCAGCCAAACCCGCACCCGCUCCCGCUCCAGCUCCCGCACCUGCCCCGAAGCAGCCGGGACCGCCACCGCAAGCGAUCCCGAUGAUGCCGCAAGGGCAGCCAGCAAUGUGUUGCGGGCCCUACUACGAUGGAUACGGAGGGCCAGCAUUCAAUGGAUAUGGAAUGCCGCCGCAGCCUUACGAGUGCUAUGGACGACCAGUCUACGAGAGCUGGGGUGGGGGCUGCCCACCACCACCACCUGCUUAUAGACAAUGCCACGUCACUAGAUGUGAUUACUUCAGCGAAGAGAAUCCACAGAGCUGUUCCAUCAUGUGAAUUUGACUUCUUUAUCUCUAAAUCCUUUAUUUUUCCUUUAAUCUUUUUUUCUUCUUAUACAAAUAAUAAUUAAAAAAAUAUAGAGAUGUUUACGUGUAAUGUUGUGAUUAAGAGAACCAAUAAGGAAGGAACGUUGUAUUUUGUAAAUGGUAGCCAUUUCCAAUAUUUGGUUGUCCAUUCGAAGCUGUAACUGUAAACACUAUAAAGAAAUUUGUUUCAUGUUCUUCUUUAUAUGAACCAAUAAUAGUAUUUCGCUUUAUUCGUAAUCUACUUUUUGUG